AUGAACAUCCAAACAGAAACGGAUGAGAAAUACGUCUUCGUAAUUAUAGAUGAAUGUACAAGAUAUACCUGGACUUUUCCACUCAAAUACAAGAGCGAAGUCUUUGACGUCAUCACAAAACUACACACUGAAAUCGAACGUCAAACAGGCCACAAAGUUAAAAAGAUACACUCAGAUAGAGCAAAAGAGUAUAUGUCAGAACGUCUUAUUAACUACUACAAAAAACAUGGAAUAAUCGAUGAACAGACUGCCGGAUAUGCGCCAUCGUCCAAUGGCAUCGCAGAACGCUACAAUCAAACUAUACAAAGAGGCAUUGCGACACUACUAACCGAUGCUAAACUACCAAACGACUACUGGAUGUUUGCAAUGAACUACUAUACACACAUCAAGAAUUGCAGUCCACACUCAAGUAUAGAAACUACACCAAUCGAAGGACUAUUUGACAUCCUACCCCCUCUUCAUCGACUAAAAGCUUUCGGAUGUCGAGCAUAUAUACAACACCCAACCCUUACAACUAACAAGAUAUCCCGAUAA